AUGUCCUCUGGGUCGGCACUCCGCUGCGUGACUGAAGAUUUGCCAGAAGGGUUAGAGCUGCACCUUGAGCACCUGCGCAGUUGUCAUGAGUGGUGGAACGUUCAGUCAUAUUCGGGUAGAGAAGAGCUUAAGGUCUCAGAGGCUUCCUCUUCAUCUCCACUGCCGCAUAUCGUCUGGAAUAACAAGACCACCACUCCGCCCGGCCGUUAUAAAGUCACUGAAUUCACUACCCUCCUCAGAAUGCGUCGGCCCAGCCCCUCAGGCAUCGCUACAGCCAUGGCUGGGGCCUCCGGUAUGGGCGAGAAACUGAGGUUUCUACGGAACCUCUGGAAAACAAUCACAAGAUCAAGCCUCCGUCCGGUCUCCAAGAAGGCACCGAUUUCACUCGCCUCCCUGGAUUCCCUCGCGCCAGUCCGUCAUGACAUCACUGCAGCCGUGGCUGAAGCCGGCCGGUCGUAUCCGCGAGAAACUGAGAUUCCUACCAUCCCUCUGGGAGACAUAUUGCCGGUACGACCCGCGUCCCACGGCGUGCCGCAUCGAACCCCUUUCGACGCUACCGAAUUCUAUAUCGUCCGCACAUCUGGCCCUGCCCAGGGACCAGCCAGUCCCGAAAUCGCUCGUGCUCUCGAGGGAUGGCAAUAUCAUAAUACCUGCCGCUGUGCCGCCUUUGUCGCAUCCCACGUUCUGUGCCAGAUGCUUAGAGGAGACCCUGACAUAGAGAAGCUGAGGUGGCAUUCCUUCGCCGUCAGAAAGCCGUUUGUCCUUUUCCCGGAUAUUUUCUUGGAGAAAGAAUUCGAGCCUCUCACUUUCCUCAAUCACGAAGUGAUUGUGCUGUACGGUCAAAAGGGCGCGUACGUAAUGGACCUCUCCGGGAAGCAAUUUGGCUUGCCGGAUUUGUUCUUCACUCUGGAGGAAUACGCUCAAUAUACGAUCGUUGACGCGCCCAGCUGCACACGGUCCCCCUCCCGCGAAUUGGAAAAACAGGGGAUUCCUCUGGAUUUCCGCUUCAAGGAGCCCGCUUCCAUCGACACGUAUGAGUUGGCUUGGCUGAUGCAGUUUGCCCUGGAUGCUUGCAUACAUGGUCAUCGCAUUGUUCGGACGGAAAGCAAAACAGCGCAAUGCGGGCUCCUUGAUUUACCACCCUCCGAACGGAAAUUGGCACACUCGCAGGUUACGGGAUUAUUUGAACUUGGCAUGCGGAAGCUGAAAUCGUCCGAAACGUUUGGAGAAGAUUUGGAAGAUUACAGGAAGUGGGGAAGAACGUUCUGGCCUGAUAUAUUGAAUCAGAAGGUAGCAUCACGUGCUGAUGAGUUGAAAGAGCACGGCAGUGGAAUUGUCUGCUGA